AUUCUCACUCAUUGUCAGGUAUCCAACAUUGGUAGUUUCUGGGCCAACAAUUGGGAACUAUUAUCAGAUGAUAUCUUACACACUCGCCGGAAGGAGCUGAACAUGCCUGCCUUAGUCAUGAGUGAAGAACAGCUCAAGGAAGCUUGCUUGCUCGAGAUUAGCAAACUUUUGGCAAGUCACUGCCAAUCUCUUUCAGAUUUUCCUGGUCUGCCGGUUCCUACUUCCUUCACUUUAGCAUCUUCAUCUAAUCGACUGCUUGCAGCUGAACUUUGUUACAAUUCCGGAGAACUUCUGCAUCAAUUUCAUGAUAAAAUUUCCAAGUUAAAUGCUGAACAAAGAUUAGCAUUUGAUGAGAUCAUGGACUCUGUGUAUGGUGAUGCUGGAAAAUCCUUUUUUAUUAAUGGAUCAGGAGGUACUGGGAAGACUUUUCUGUGGCAGGUAAUUUGCAUGAAACUGCGAUCUGAGAAUAAAGUUGUUCUGUGCGUUGCUUCUUCUGGAAUUGCAGCUUUGUUAAUGGAGGGUGGUCGGACAGCACAUUCACGCUUUCGCAUCCCUGUUGAUUUGGAUGCAAAAUCAACAUGUAACAUCCAACAAGGAAGUGAUUUAGCAGAAUUGAUUCAGCGUGCUUCAUUAGUAAUUUGGGAUGAGGUUGUUAUGUCACACAAACAUUGUGUUGAAGCAGUUGACAAGUCCUUAAGGGAUAUUUUACGCCCCCGGUUCCAAAACAGUGAGACAAAGCCAUUUGGAGGUUUGACCAUGGUAUUUGGUGGGGAUUUCAGACAAACUUUGCCUAUAGUUCCUAAGGGGUCACGCUCUGACAUUGUCAACUCAUCUAUUAAGAGAUCGUACUUAUGGAGAUAUUUCAAGGUGAUUACAUUAACUCAGAACAUGAGGUUAGCUCGAGCUAAUUGUUCACCGGAGGAAGCUGAGGAAAUCAAUGACUUUAACAUAUGGCUCUUACAUGUUGGUGAUGCACCGGAGUCCAAUGUGUUUGGUUAGUCUACUAUUCCUAUUCCACAAGAGCUUUUAGUUAACCGAGAAGUAGAUCCUUUUAUUGAUAUCGUUCGGUCGACUUAUGGCAAUCUUCAGCAACAAUAUACAGAAUCCCAUUACUUGGUUAGUCGAGCUAUUCUAGCACCUCACCAUGAUAUGGUAUCUUCAAUUAAUGCUAAUGUUUUAGCCGCAUUCCCUGGGGAGGAAGUAACAUAUUACAGCUCGGAUUCCAUACAAAUGGAUCCUGGAAAUGAACAAGUUGUCGAUGCAGAUUAUACAGUUGAGUUCUUAAAUACGUUGAGUAUUGGUAAUUUUCCAGACUAUGAGCUUAAGCUUAAAGUUGGUUGCCCUGUCAUUCUGCUUCGAAAUAUGGACCAAACUACAAGAUUAUGUAACGGUACCAGAAUGAUCGUAAAGACAAUGGGGAAGUGGUUUAUUGAAGUCGAAAUCAUUACAGGAAAUCAUGUUGGUGAUCGGGUCUUCUUGCCUCGACUGACAUUAGCAACAUAUUACAAGUCAUUGAACUUCACUCUAUUACGAAGGCAGUUUCCUGUGGCUCUUUGUUUUGCUAUGACGAUUAAUAAAAGUCAAGGUCGGAC